GCCAACUGGUUUUUGUAGUGGUGGUCGACAAGACAGUUGACGUCAACUCUAUCAAUCAGCUUCCCACACCACCCACCAGCCCGUCAUCGCAUCGCAUUGCCCCUCGGACAAGGGAUUAAACAGCAGCAAAGCUCUUUUGAGUCUUUCCGUUGGCUUCCAACGGUCAACAUUUAAUUUCCAAGACUCCUUCCAAUCCUCUUGGCAGCCACCCUCACUGUUCAAAGCGAAAUAAAGAAAUCGAACAAGAAAGCAUUCCUCGAAACGGACCACUUUCAGCUCUCAUAGCUGUGUCUCCAUCGCCUAGUCAACCAACCGAGCGGAUCGGCUUCAUUUCCCAACUCUUUUCUCGAGGUUCCCUGUCGUUCAUCGGUAGUGGAAACAUUCCUCCCAUCUGGCCCUACCACCGACCAACCCAGACACCAGAACUGCAAAUCGCAGCUCCGAAAUCCCUGUUCAGCUGUUGGGGAGCCCCGCCAAAAGCUGUUCUGAGCAGCAGGUCCCGUAACCAGCAUAGCGACUGCGGUCACUGAGAGGCGCCCAACCCCUGCGGCACUACGACAUCCCACUUUCCCUUAAAGACAGGUCCAAGACAGCUCACCACACGCGGGCCCUUUUUCAAGAGACCCCGCCUGCAUGCCGUAACUUUUGGGAGAAACUUAGACACAACACACUCACCCUCCAACUCCCUAUUCUUUCUUCUCCUAUAUUCUCGAAGCCAUUCACAACUCUAACGACGGCUGCCUCAAAUCUGCCAUACCAUCUCAGACCUAACGACUGCGACUCCUCGAAUCCACAAUGGCGGCCCAGACCCCAACAUCAGCUCAAGCCCAGGCUAACCAGGGCAGUUGGGGAGCUUUCCUCAAGUCCAUCGCCUCCUUCAACGGUGACCUCUCCUCCCUGACGGCCCCGCCCUUCAUCCUCUCCAGCACCUCCCUGACCGAGUUCUCCUCCUACUGGUGCGAGCACCCCUCCAUCUUCGCCGCCCCCGCAAAGGAGGCCGACCCGGCCAAGCGCGCCCUGCUGGUCACAAAGUGGUUCAUCAGCACCCUCAAGCAGCAGUACGCCUCCCGCAGCGAGCAAUACGGCAAUGAGAAGAAGCCCCUGAACCCCUUCCUCGGCGAGCUCUUCCUCGGCAAGUGGGAGGAUGACGCUGGAACGACGGAGCUCAUCAGUGAGCAGGUUAGCCACCACCCGCCCGCGACAGCCUACUCCAUUACCAACCUCCCUACAGGCGUCCACCUCGAGGGCUACAACGCACAAAAAGCGACCUUUAGCCGCACGAUCAACAUCAAGCAGAUCGGCCACGCCGUCCUGACCAUCCCGACCCCAGACGGCAAGAAGGAAACCUACCUCAUCACCCUGCCCGCCCUCCACAUCGAAGGCCUCAUCUUCGGCGCCCCCUUUAUCGAACUCGAGGGCACCUCCUUCAUCACCUCCUCCACGGGAUACACCUCCAAGAUCGACUACUCGGGCAAGGGAUGGCUCUCGGGCAAGAAGAACAGCGUCAUCGCCUCAAUCUACCCAACAGGCAAGGAAAAGGAUGUAGCCUACAACAUCACGGGCGUCUGGACAAAGUCCUUUGAAAUCCACGAGGGCGCUGCAAAGCACAACUCGUCCAAGACCCUCAUCGACACCUACGACGCAUCGCAGCACCCGACCUCCAAGCUCAUCGUCGCGCCCCUCGACAAGCAGCACCCUCUCGAGUCCCGCCGCGCUUGGAAGGGCGUCGCCGACGGCAUCGCAAAGGGCGACAUGGACCUCGUCAGCCGCGAAAAGUCCGCAAUCGAAAAGGCGCAGCGCGACCUCCGCGCAAAGGAGAAGACGGAGGGACGCUCUUGGGACCGCAGGUACUUCACCGAUCGCCAUGGCGCUGGCGAUUCUGUGCUCGAGUCCCUCGGUGCCGCCGUCGGUCUGCCUGCUACGGGCGACGCGGACAAGACUGGCGGUCUGUGGCGGUAUGAUGCAGAGAAGGCGGAUAAGGUGCGCAGCCAGGCGGCGCUGAGCGAGGCGGACCAGAUCAAGAUUGCGGGGGAGAUCUUGGGACAGCAAAAGUCAUCAUGAGUCACGACGUACGACGCGAUAGAGAGGAAAACGAUAAUGAGGAAGGGAUGAGAAAGGAGUAUUUACUGGCAUGGGGUUUCUAGCUGGAGGAGCUUUGCCUCAAGGGAGGGGAUGGGAAGACAGCCUCGAUGGAAACGUUUGCUAGAGUUGGCGAACUGGCGCACGGGGAUGCUCUUCAUGUGGCCGUGAGCCCGAAUUCGCGGCAUGUAUGGGCACAGAGUAGAGUACAAGUAAUCGUAUAAAGUCAGG